GGCGUUUUAUAACCCGACAUCAGCCCGGUUCCCAGUCAUGAAACUUGGCCGAUGGAAAACAGAUCCGGAAACUUCAAGUCUGCAGCUGCAGAAAUGUUCGACGAGAACUGCGGAGGCGCUUUCCUUCCAUGGCCAUUGGUUCGUUGGUGGAGAAGCGAUGCAGUCUCCCCGCUAUGUCGGUGAGGGGACAAAACAGCUUCUCAUUUCAUAUCUCAAGCCGUUAAUAACAGAGAUCAUAUGCUGAAACCGAGCGCGCCGCCUUUCCACUCUCUUGCCCGGGACCAUCUCUAGAACAUCUUGAAGCUCAGUGAAAGAACACAACCUCAACCUUAGCUCAUUUCAACCCCCGUAACCAACCGGACUGACCUUCCCCUGACCUCACUCACACACAUCUCACCCACCAUGCCCGCCUCAACAGCCCCGAUCAUCGACUCCCACAUCCACCUCUACCCCUCUAGAGAGAUCCCCUCCCUCGCCUGGUGUACGCCCUCCCACCCCCUCGCCUCGCAGCACUCCGUCGCAGAAUACCUCACCGCCACCGGCCCGACUACAACCCCCAAUCUCUCAGGAUUCAUCUUCGUCGAAACUGACCGGCACAACGCCUCCUCGACCGACUGGACCGCGCCCCUGCAGGAGAUCGCCUGGAUGCGGCGCCUGGCAACGGGGACACCCCGGUCUGGGGAAGGCCAUUCGGCCGCCGACGCCAGACUCUGCCUGGGCCUGGUCCCCUGGGCGCCGGUGGCGCUGGGGCCGGAGAAGCUGGGCGCGUAUCUGGAGGCGGCAGAGAGAGAGGCCGGGACCGAGACGUGGCGGCUCGUCAAGGGGUUUCGGUAUCUGCUGCAGGACAAGGAGAACGGGACGGCGCUUGGGGAGGGGUUUGUCGAGGGGCUGAAAGUGCUGGGGCGGAAGGGGUACGUGUUUGAUGUCGGCGUGGAUCAGCAUCGCCGCGGGAGGGUGCAGUUGGAGGAGCUGAUCGAGAUGAUUGAUCGGGCGCAUGAGGGGGUCGAAGAAGGAGAGAAGGUGGUGUUUGUUUUGAAUCAUCUCUGCAAGCCCGACUUGACGAUUCUGAACCAGACUGACCCGUCAUUCAUUGCGUGGCGCACCGCCAUGUUCACGCUCAGUAAGUGCCGCAAGACUUACAUGAAGCUUAGCGGCUGCUUCUCCGAGCUGCCUGACAAGCUCAAGGAGCGCUCGGCCGAGGACAUUUUCUCAGCCAUUCUCCCCUGGCUCGCCGUUGUGGUCGCCGCUUUCGGCCCGAGCAGGAUCAUGUUUGGCAGUGACUGGCCGGUUUGCACGGUGGGAGUUGGCGGCGAGGCCUGGAAGAAGUGGCACCGAAUCGUUGAAAUGGUGUGCGAUCUGGCCGGCUUGAGCGAGCAAGACCAGGCUAUGCUCUGGGGUGGGACGGCCAAGGAGGCUUACAAGCUUGACUGCUAGAAAUUGAUGCAUUCCUUGCCGCCGUUUGCCCGUUUCCUCUACUCCUUGAGCUGCUCAUCCACAUACUUAGAGUGCAGUGUGAUUCGAAAUCGGAC